GUGCUAGCCGAAACAGACGAGCAAAGGGGGGCGGAUGACAAAGUCAAGAGCGGCGAGGAUUGCGAGAGAAGGGGAAUGGCCGAUCAGAUCACUAUGUGUUGGGUGAGGUGAGCAUGUGUGGUGUGGGCUGGACGAGUGAUAUGGUUGUGGUGGUAAGGGCUUGGCGGAGGCGGCAGCGACUAUGGCAGGAGCAGGAGGAGCAGGAGCAGGAGCAGGAGCAGGAGCAGGAGCGGCUAUGGCAGCCGUCAAUAAACAAGGACAACACGACAGCAACGGUAUCAGCAUCAACAUCACUGUCAUCAUGGCCAUGUUUGGGCAGAGGGGCGAGGUUGAUGAUGGGAUGCAAGCAGCCCCCUUUUCGUUGUUGUCGAUGGAGUUUGCGGCGCCUUUAGGUGGACGUCGCGGGAAGCCCACAGUUGGGUUCACCCGGUUGCAGCCGCACAAACAGGUACAGGAGGAUGCUCAUCAAACAAGCAAAGGAAUGGUGGGACGGGCGGCGGACAGGCAAAUUGGACUGGGGCAGCCUGUUGCGGGCGGGCGUGGCGGUGGGAGAUGUUUGUGGAAAGGAUGGUUUGCAGAGCAGGCUAGCAGGGAGGGACGGUCACGUGAGGAGUGGAAAGGUAGCCACGGUGGUGGUGGCAGGCUAUUCUAGGCGACUGCGUGGCCGUGGCCGCUUGCCGCGGUGGGCGCACGACGACGGCAGGGCAGAGGCACAAAGGAAAACACGGGCGGGAGAAGCUGUGGCCGUGCGCAAAGAGGGUGGUAAGCCGCACGGGCAGUGUAAGUAGUGGGUGAGUAGGGACAGGUGCGGAUGGAUGGAUGGAUGGAUGGAUGGGAUAGGCAGACGUGUACAAUGGGUGUUAGUGUAUGC